AUUGAAAAUGAGGUCUACUUUAUAGUGUAAUAAAUAAUAUCAAAAACAUAACUUUACUCAAAAAAAACUUCAAUAUUUAAAGACAAAAUAUUUUGGAUUUUCUUAUAACUUAAGUAUAUUUAAGUAUGUUAAUUCUGUGUCAAUUUCUUCUAUAUUAUUUUUUUUUAUGUUAUAGAAAUGGACAGUCAAGAUCAGAUGGAGAUAAAAUAUAACCCAGGAUCCGAAGUUGGUGGCCUCGAGUUAUGUAUAGUCUGCGGUGACAGAGCCUCAGGAAGGCAUUAUGGUGCAAUAAGUUGUGAAGGUUGCAAGGGUUUCUUCAAACGUUCCAUCAGGAAGAAGCUUGGCUAUCAGUGUCGUGGCAGCAUGAACUGUGAAGUGACAAAGCAUCACCGUAACAGGUGUCAGUAUUGUCGACUACAGAAGUGUCUCGCAUGUGGAAUGAGAAGUGACUCGGUUCAGCACGAACGUAAACCGAUAGUGGAUAAAGCUAAAGGUGAGACGAGGGAUGGACUGCACGAUCGUCAGGCCACUUACUCCAAACUGUUGGGCCUUGGACAACAGGGACAGAUCAAUCCUAAAGAGGAGCCGAGUGACGCGUUCGGCGCGGUCUCCCCGGCGGCGCCCGCCAUCAACUUCGCCCUCGCUGCGGCGGUCGCGUUCAAUAAAACUAACCCAGUGUCCCCGUACUUGCCCGGCGGCGGCGGAGAUAUGGAGGGUGCACGUCGACAACAUCUCAUGCUACAAACACAGCUCGCCAAGAAUUUGUUCAAGAUGGGUCAGUUUGGAGCAAUCAACGAAUAUUUACAAUCUGCGUACGGAGCUACCCCACCUGAAGUACCUCUGUCAGCGUUGCACACUGCCGCCGAAACUCAACAAGCUGAAGGGGGCGGUGUGGAGGCUGACUCCAGCAUACUGAGCACGGCGGAGUCGCUGCAGCUGUCGCUGAGCCUGCCGGCGCCGGCGCCCCCGCACCUGCGCCUGCACGCCGCCUGCGAGGCCGGCGCCCGGAUACUCGCCGCCUGCGCGCGCUGGGUGCGCGCCCUGCCCGCCGCCGCCACGCUGCCGUUCGAGAUUCAGGUGACCUUGUUGAAGAAGUGUUGGCCUGAGCUGUUUGUGUUGGGAUUGUGCAAGUUCUCUCAGCCGUUGUCUCUGGGCGCUUUGUUGCCACAACUUGUGUCGCAUCUACACACCGUCCUCAGAGAACGAGCUCAUUCCGAUAACAUGCAAGAACCUGACUUAGCACAACCUGAGAUCACUGCAUCUGAUUACUCGGAUGAACGUAUAACGGAGGUGAGCAGUAUGCUGUCUCGCUUGCAGCAGUUCAUCGCCGCCUUCGAGCAGUUGCGAGUGUCAGAGCGAGAACACGCACAUCUGCGCGCCCUCUGUCUCUUUUCACCGGAUGGUGUACCAGAUUUUCUCACUCGUAAACUCCAAGAGUACCAGAUCAAAGUGUUGCGCUCACUGAAAUCUGUAUGCCAACCAGAAGAGGAACGUUUGGCAACUCUCCUUCUACAAUUGCCGGUGCUAAGAACAUUUACUGGUUCAUUUCUGGAGGACGUUUUCUUCGUGGGAUUCGUGGGUGACGUCAGCAUCGAUGACGCUGUACCGUAUUUGUUGAAUGCUGAACGUUAAUAAAUGUGAGUAUGUUUUCUAAUAAUAAUGAAUAGCGAAGUGGAUAAGCGCCUGCGAUCGCUAUUGUCAAGCAACUUUUGCAAGGGUCUGUCACGGGAUGGGUGACCAAAAUAUUUUUAUCUCGAGCUACUCCGUG